UAUAAAGAUGUUAGACUUGCGAUUCCCAAUGAGCGCACAACGACUUCCUGAGAGACCACCCCCCACUUACAAACAUUCCGCGUCUUCCGAAUUGUUACCGUAAACUUACGCGUCUUGUUAGCAUAUAAACCUUAGUUUCUGCUCUUAAGCCCCUCACACCCCACCAUCACGUCGACAUGUGCGGUAUUAUUGCUGUGAUCCACGGCGACCCCAAGUCGCAAUCGGCUUCGGUCGAGGUGCAUGACGCCCUCUACCUUCUCCAACACCGCGGCCAGGAUGCUGCCGGAAUAGUCAGUUGCAGUGCCGGUGGUCGCUUCCACCAGUGCAAGGGCAACGGCAUGGCCUCCAAGGUCUUCCAAGACGGCGCCCGCGUGUCCGACCUUCCCGGCUUCAUGGGCCUCGGCCACCUGCGAUACCCUACUGCCGGUAGCAGCGCGAACGCCGAAGCUCAGCCCUUCUACGUCAACAGCCCGUACGGUAUCUGCAUGACCCACAACGGCAACCUCAUCAACGCCCCCGCGCUGCGCCAGCGACUGGACCACGAGGCUCACAGGCACAUCAACACCGAGAGUGAUAGCGAGCUCAUGCUCAACAUCUUCGCCGAUGAGCUCAACGAGACAGGCAAGGCGCGUAUCAACGCCGAUGAUUGCUUCAAGGCGUUGGAGAGGAUGUACAAGUUGUGUACCGGUGGAUGGGCCUGCACUGCCAUGCUUGCUGGUUUCGGUCUCAUCGGUUUCCGCGACCCGUACGGUAUCCGCCCCAUGGUACUAGGUUCUCGCAAGUCGCAAGACGGCAAGAGCAUGGACUACAUGAUGGCAUCCGAGAGCGUAGCGCUGGUUCAGUGUGGCUACAAAGACUUCUUUGAUAUCCUUCCCGGCCAAGCCGUCAUCAUCGAGAAGGGCAAAGAGCCUGUCUUCAGGCAAGUCGCCAAACAAGAAGCAUACACCCCGGAUAUCUUCGAGUACGUUUACUUCGCCCGUCCGGACUCAGUUAUCGAUGGUAUCGACGUCGACGAGAGUCGACGCAACAUGGGCUUCACCCUUGCAGAGACUAUCAAGAAGCAGUUGGGACCCGAGACCAUGGCCGAGAUUGACGUGGUUAUGCCAAUCCCCGAGACUUCCAUCACUUCUGCUCUGUGCGUUGCUGAAGCUCUUGAGAAACCAUACGUACAAGGGUUCGUGAAGAACCGUUACAUCUUCCGCACAUUCAUUAUGCCAUCACAACAACUGCGACAGAAGGGUGUCCGAGCGAAGCUGAAUCCUAUGAAGAAGAAGUUCGAAGGCAAGAAUGUGUUGCUAGUAGAUGACUCUAUUGUCAGGGGUACUACCUCGCGCGAAAUCGUUCUGAUGGCGAGGGAAGCGGGUGCUAAGAAGGUAUACUUUACCUCCUGUGCGCCACCUAUCACCAACGCCCAUAUCUAUGGUAUCGAUCUUGCCUCGUCCUCGGAGCUUAUUGCUCACCACCGCGACUCAGCAGCGAUUGCUAAGCACAUCGGUGCUGAUGAUGUCGUUUACCAGAACCUCGAGGACCUACAGAGUGCUUGCGCACGCCUUUCCCCUCGGGAUCCUGCGAACCAAAAGUUCGAAGUUGGUGUCUUCUGCGGGAAAUACGUCACUCCGGUUGACGCUGGCUACUUUGAGCAUCUCGAGAGAAUACGUGGGGAAAGCCGCAAACAGAAGGUCAUGGAGAAGGCACGCGAAGCUGUCGUACAUGGCACAGCCAAUCCCCAGCAGGUGCGCAUGGCUGCCAAAGGUGUUGAGGUUGACCAACAUGGCAACGUUAUUCCAUCGGAUGGGAAUGGUGAACCCGAUUGGCAGCCGACCAACGGUGUCAGCCAGACUUCCACGAGUGACGCCCUGGCUAACGGUAAUGGGGAAGAGCGACGCGUUACCAGUAGCCAGGACAUCAGCUUACACAACAUGAACGAUUUCAAUUGAGCAGCCGCUCAAGGGUAUGAGCGCAUGCUUAUGCCGCUAUAAGUACAUACGGGAUUUUGUUUUGUGCUAUAGACGAUGAUGAUACACACGUACCAUUGAAAAGUUACGAAAGACACGACCAGGAUACAGCAGAGGAUUGCUAUGGCGCAGGGGAGGACUUUGUGAUCUCAC